UUCUAAUUUAAUUUUUGAUACCAAUUAGGGUUAUGUUUCGUUUACCUUUGUUAAUUGCUUUUGGGUUUCAUUUUCAGCGAUUUUUGUUUUUUGGCGUAUAUAUAUACAUGUGUGUGUGUGUGUGUUUUAUUUGAUAUCCUCAUCUGGAUUCUUACACUAGAUUAAGGCUGGAAGAUAUUGAGUACUUGCUGAAGAAGUUAGAAAAGUGAUGUUGAAUUAUUGGUCAAAUAUCAAAUGUGUUGAUUUUUGCAUGAUUGGGUUUGAUCCGGAUUUUAUGGAUGUAAGUUGAUGUUUGAGAUUAGAACCGUCGGACUUUGUGCUGCAUUGUGCGAUAAAGUAACGAGAAUUUUAUAUGGUAUUAUCAUGUUGGAUCACGUCCGAAUACGUUUGUAGUCGUGGUGUUUCUUUGAAGUAUACGGCUUGAUAUCGAUGUUCUUAGUUAUGAUUUAGGAAAUAAUUUUACUCCAUUAUACUUUAUGCAUUAAGGAUGAUUAAUUUAGUUCAGCACACAGAAUGACGGAAAUGUACUUUUUUUUUUAGGUAUUCUCCGUGUUCCUGUUCCUGUAAUUACGUAAAACGGAACAAUGUGGACAAGCUACGCGUAGUUUGAUUUUAAAAACAUUCACCAUCUGAAGCAUUCAACAUUUUCCGAAAAUGUCGUACGAGGAAAUUUUGAAGGCUGUUUUCCCUCUCCUAGAAGGCAGAGACCUAGCAGCAUGCAUGUCAGUCUGUAAGCAGUGGCAAGAAAUCGCAAAAGACGAUUACUUUUGGAAAUGCUUAUGUGCAAAGAGAUGGCCGUCAAUAUGCAAGCAGCCUUCCCCUCCCACUCUGUCUUACCUUAAACUAUUCAAAACCUUUUACAAGCGGCAAAAAAGCAGACCCCUUCUUCCACCAAGGCUGUCCUUCAACGACUUGGACUUCUACAUCGACAUUUGGAGCGAAGAAAAGCUUGUCUAUUCAGAAGUUGUGACGGGCCUCGUUUUCCGGAAGGGGGCUUGGACCCCGCCAGCUGGCGUUUCCGAUGUUCUCAAGUUCCACUUGGCCAGCCCGGAAUACAACUUGACGUUGCCUAUUCAUCCGAGGUUUAAUAUUCCUUUAGGGGAGACUGUUAGCGUCUCUGUGCUUGUGGCUAGGAAGGAUUCGGAAAAAGUUGCUUGCGUGAUAAAUAAAUCGGUUUUUGAGUAUGUAGAUCGAUCUGCUUAUCGUGCGAUGGCGUUUGAUUAUCUCGAGUUUUCGCCCGCACACCCUUUUGUGUCUGGUAUAAGGGCGUGGAUUUCGUUGCUUUUCAUGGACCAUGGUAGUGAAGAGGUGAUUGAUGUGUUUGGGAUUGAACUCGAUUUCUGUGAUGCUGCUAAUUCAGAGGAGCAGGUCUUGUGGCUCUUUGAUAUGCUUGAUUGGAAGUGAAGCUCGGGCUGUCAUACAACGGUGCGGGGCCCUAAUCGGAGGGGCAUGUUUGGUGUAGCUCUCGGUUAGAAUACGUAUAUUUAUCUCUGUAUCUAGUAGUAUUUUGGACAAGUUUUCUUCUUUUCUUUUUUCUUCUGCGCGAAUAACUGUGGAAAUUUCUACAGCAUUGCAUGAUUUAUGUUCCCAGGUUUUUUCAUUGGCUAAGAAUUUCUGUGUUGCUCCAUUUUCAA